UGGGAGCAGUCACAGCUUUAAACACAGUUUAGUUGGUCAAGUAUCUUAAGACUUUUGAUAACUUUAUUUAAGUUGUUGAUAGGAGUUUAUUUUUUAAGAAAAGCUGUGAGGUACAAGUUCACACUGAGGAAAGCGACUACAUUUCAAGGAAGUAACAGAGAUGACUCCUUUGAUGUUUAAGAAUGCUUUCUGGGGGACGGAUUUUACUUGUCAUGCUGGGUAUGACACUGUGAUCCAGAGGUUACGAGAUGGAAGGCAAAUAUGCAAAGAUAUGGAGGAACUUUUAAAGAUGAGAGCACUAGCAGAGGAGAAGUAUGGGAAGGAACUGGUGACUAUUGCUCGUAAGGCUGGAGGACACUCAGAGAUCAGUACCUUAAGAGAAUCCCUCGAACAAUUAAAAACACAAAUGGAGAACAUUGGUAACUUUCACAUCCAGCUCUCUGAUAUAUUGAAAGAGGAGGUGAAAAAGAUUGAGACAUUCAGAGAACGUCAAAAAGAGCAGAGGAAGAAGUUUGAAAGCAUCAUGGAUAAGGUUCAGAAGAAAAAGGUUUCUUUGUUCAAGAAAACCAUGGAGGCUAAGAGGAACUAUGAGCUGAAAUGCAAGGAGGCGGAUGAGGCCGAUCAGGGGUUUGAGAAGUCAGCUGCUGCCACCAAACACCCAGAGAAGGCACGUCACAGGGCCAAGCAUUGCAGACAGACAGCCAAUGACGCAGAGAAGCUGUACUUUACCAACAUUGUACAACUAGAAAAUGUUCGUCAGGACUGGGAAGAAACACACAAAAGCACAUGUGAGGUAUUCCAACAACUAGAGGGAGAUCGCAUCAGCAUGCUCAGGUGUGCUAUGUGGGACCACUGCAAUCAUUUCUCCAUGCAGUGUGUCAAAGACGAUGAGCUUUAUGAGGAGGUGAGGAAGGUCCUGGAACGGUGUGACAUCAUCACAGACAUCAACUACUUCAUAGAGAUGAAAACGACAGCACAGAGUCCGCCAGACCCCAUAGUAUUUGAGAGCUACUACCCAAGGGAGACGUCCAGGGACAGCAACGGUCAAGCUCAUUUCACAGGAGGAGAGGAAGACAUGAUGAUGAGGAGGCAAUCUGAUGCCUUUUUGGGAAGUUCUUUGAGGAUUAACGGUGACAGUCCUCAAAAGUCACGAUCCACGCUGACAUCUAAUGGCGAAUCGUUUGAAGGUUAUGCACCCCUACCAGGCCUCGAACCAGCAGCCUCACUGUCAUCAGUUGCACCUGAUGAAGACAGCUACAUUGUGCAUUAUCCAUACGCUGCACAGGAAGAGGAUGAACUGGACAUAAUCAGAGGGGAUGUGGUCCAAGUAUUGAACCAAGGAGCGGAUGGCUGGUGGAGAGUGGAGAAGAACGGGCUGACUGGACUGGUGCCAGGAAACUAUCUGGGCAAAAAGUGAUUUAUUGCACGCACACACACACACA